AUGAGCAGCGGGUACCAGAGCAGGGGCGAGACGCCCCCGCCGACGAACGGAAACGAGGGCCGGUCCUUCUAUAAGUCGCUCAUGGACGGGUCCGUCGAGGUCGGGACCCUCUUCGGGGUCCCGAUCUGCAUACACAAUUUGUUCCCGCUGUUCAUCGUCGUGACGACAAUCAUCGGGUUCAUCCCCCCCGCGAGCACGGAGAGCGGGCUGUUGAACUUCGUCGUCCUGGGACCUAUCCUGUUCACGACCGUGCUCAUCCACGAGGGCGGGCACUGCUGGGCGACGAAGCUCGUGGGAGGGGACGUCCACAAAAUUCUCCUGUGGCCCCUCGGCGGUCUCGCGUACGUCGGGCACAGCGGCGACGCCGCGGACGACCUGAAAGUCUCCAUCGCGGGCCCGCUGACGCACAUCCCGCAGUGUCUGUUCUGGGUCAUCGCCCUCGCCAUGGGAGCCGGGAGCGUGAACUUGACGUACACCGGCGACUUCGCGACGGACAUGUGCAGGGCCGCGGUCAUCAUGAACAUCCAACUCGCGCUGUUCAACCUCUUCGUCCCCGCGUUCCCGCUCGACGGCGGACGGAUUUUCGCGGACAGCAUGCUCCUGUGCGGCGUGCCCGCGGUCAGAGCCGCGGGGAUCAUGGUUGGGACGUCCACCGUGUUCGGCAUCGCGAUCGUGGCGUUGGGUUUCUACUUCGGCCAGUUUAUCACAAUUUUCGUCGGAGGGUGGGUACUGACGCAGGCGGUCGACUUGGGGAAGCUCGUGAAGAGCGGGAUGGUGCACGAGCACCCCUUGUUCGCGAAGUACGCGAACGUGGGCGACGGCGAGAGGGGGGGGAUAGCCGGCGCGCUCGGCGGCAGCAGCGGCAGGGUGUAG